GGCUUCGACUCAUUGGGUAGACCGCGGAUUGCCCUUAUCUAGGGUCGGGCGAGCGGUCCUUCAGCCGGGGAGCGCCUUUGGAGAGCUCUGAAUGGAUGUUUUCCCUGCGGCUCAUCUCUACCGCGCGUCUGAUUGGGUUAAUCGCGCCUGGGGGCCUUGAGCUCCGCCCCAGGGCUACGCCAGCCCGGCAGCGGCUUCCGGGAGCGAGGAUGGCGGCCGAAGCGAGCGCCGUUGCAGCCAUUGAUGCGGCAGGUGCGAGGUUGGGGAGGGGAGGGGAGGGGACCCAGGUGUCCGGGAGGGGACCCAGGCGUCCGAGACCCAUGUCGGCAGGGGAGGGGACCCAGGAGUCUGAGACCCAUGUCGGUAGGGGCACAGGGACCCAGGUGUCCGGGCACCGGAGUCACUCCAGAUUCGAUCCGAAUUUAGCAAGCCCCCUUGUGUUCAAUGGGAUUUACUCGCCUGUAAAUCCUGUAAGGAUCGCCUGGUUUGUAGGAAAAUGUAUUUUCUAUCCCGCUUGAGUGAAUGGGAGGUAGAUUCAGUGGGGAGGGGCAGGCGCGGGAGGGUUUCGCUUUACACAUAGCCCCAGCUGAACUGUGGAACCCACCGCCACAGGACCUGGUGGCAGCUGGCUGCAAAAAGAGCCGAAUCAAAUACCCAAACUCCACAGUAAGACGGACUGGAAUCUGGAACCAGAAUGUCAAAGGCUGUCUUUGCAUGAGCUGUGCAUGCCUUUGCAGGAUUUGGAGGCUAUUUGUUUUAUUUUUAUAAAAUUCAUAAAAUUUAUACACCACCUGAGUAUAGAAGAAACCUCAGAGCAGUUUACAAAAAGAGGAAACAAUAAAAUCAUCAAGGAAAAAUUCACAACAUUAAUUAAAAACGUGUGGAAAGUUAAAAUACCAAACCGGGUUAAAAUUCACACCAGCUUUCUAAGCCUCUGCACAGGCUUCUCUAAACAGGAAUGUAUUUGGCAGGUACAGGGAAGGUGCCGGCUCAAUAUCAAUAGGCAAGGAGUUCCAAAGGUUCCUCUGCCAUUGGGAACUGAACCAAGGAGCUCUUUGCAGGCCGAAUGUGCCCUUUACAAACCAGAGACGCCCUUCCCUCCCUUCCGUGUCUCUCCAGAGAAGGCGCGAGGGAAAUAUGCUGCUCUCUCCUUUGCCGCCAUUGCCAUCGUGGUGGGGCUUCCGCUCUGGUGGAAGACGACAGAGACCUACCGCGCUGCGCUGCCCUACUCGGAGAUCGCUGAGCUGGACACCCUUCUGGUGAGGACACACCCUGCCUCUUCCCCUCCUCAGCACUGUGCUCCAAGGGUCCCCUGCAGAGCCGGAAACAGGCCCCUCGUAGAAUCAUAGAACUGUAGGGUCCCCCACAGGUCAUCUAGUCCAGCCCCUUCAAUGCAGGAAUCUCAGCUAAAGAAUCCCAGGCAGAUGGCCUCUCUUUAAAAACCUUUCAAGGGAGUCCGUUCCGCUGCCAAACUGUCAGAAAGUUUGUCCUGAUGUUUGGUUGGAAUCUCCUUUCUCCUAACUUGAAUCCGUUGGCUCAGGUCCUACUCUUUGGAGCAGUAGACAAGAGUGGAAAUUCAGAUAUUUGAAGACAGCUCUCAUAUCACCUCUCAAAAUCUGCUUAUCUAGGCUGAACAGGUGGGGUCUGACCAAGGCAGAAUAGAGCAAGACUAAGACUUCCCUUCAUCUGGGCACUAGACUUCUCUUGAUGCAGCCCAGAAUAGUAUUAGCCUUUUUUGCCGCUGCAUCACACUGUUGCCUCCAGACUCCUCAUAUGUGACGCUUGCUGUCUCAGGCAAUCCGAGCAGGACGGGGGUCUGCCUUUUGCGAGGUGCUGACAUUGAAAGCCCUAAACGGCCUCAGUCUUGUAUACCUGAAGGAACGUCUCCACCCUCAUAAUCCAGCCCGGACACUGAGGUCCAGCGCCGAGGGCCUUCUGGUGGUUCUCUCACUGCAAGAAGUGAGGUUACAAGGGCCUUCUCGGUGGUGGCACCUGCCCUGUGGAAUGCCCUCCCAGCAGAUAUCAAGGCAAUAAACAACUAUUUUACUUUUAAAAGACAACUGAAGGCGGCCCUUUUUAGGGAAGUUUUUAAUGUCUGAUGCUGUAUUGUUUUUAAUAUUUGGUUGGAAGCCGCCCAGAGUGGCUGGGGAAACCCAACCAGAUGGGUGGGGUAUAAAUAAUAAAUUAUUAUUAUUAUCAUUAUUAUUUUUAACCUGGCAGUCCCACGAAAACUUCUGGACUAGGAACUUUGACCUGGAUUUGAUCAGCCCCAAACAGCAUCACUACAAAUCUCGUGGGGAGAGCUCAGGUCCUCCUUGCGGGCUGGUUGCCCAUGGUUGCACCUGCUGACGUUGCGCUUUUCGGAUUCAGUUCCAGCUGACGGUGCCCGUCUCGGUGGUGUUUGCCAAGGGGACCCUUCCAGGAGAUCUGGAGCGGAAACUGCCCUUUAGGAAACCGCAGGAGGCCGAGAUCCCCUUGAACCGUGAGUUGGUUGAUGUUGCUUCAGGGUCUGACUCUGCAGGUGAUGAUCCACUGUGCGUGGGGCAGGCGGCCACCCAACCUCUGCUUAAAAAUCCUGCCUCCUCCCUCCUCCCCACACUUCUCUCUCAGUCCUGAGAGUUCCUCUUUCACCAUCCUCUGAGAGAACGAAGGAGCCAGCAUGGGCUGUCUCGAUCUUCUCUGGUUUGGUUAGUUACUGUUAGACUAUACACGGGUCAGCAAACUUUUCCAGCAGGGGGCCGGUCCACUGUCCCUCACACCUUGUGGGAGGCCGGACUAUAUUUUUUGGGGGGGGGAAAGAACGAAUACCUAUGUGUCAAGGCUGCCUCAGGUCUCAGCUCACAAAAGACCAACGCCAAUCUCUUCUUACAUACAAAAGUGUUUAUUGCAGUUCAUUGUUUGCUCCAUAUCCGAGGCGCGCAGCCUCACGUCUGUACGCUUAGACCGUUGAAGUCCCCUCUGAAUCAGUCCCUCCCCUGCACCAGUUUAAGAGCCUUGCGCUGCUCCACCUCUUUCUCUCUUUCCUUUUCCUCAGGGUCUUUCUGCCCGCUGGGGUUUCGCCCUCCUGGAUUCCCCUGACGCGCUAUCCCCGACUGCUCUUCCCCCUCCUGCGGGCUUUAGGACCUGGCCCUUCCUCCGGGCUCCCUGUACUUCCGCGCGCCUCUACAUUUGAACUUGCGCGCGCGCCCAACCUCUAACUUUCCUUUUGACAGUUACACUACUCCCUUCACUACUCCCUCCCUUCCGGGAGGAUGGCUUGCUCCGACCUCCCUCCCUUCUCUGCUGCCGGAGCUGCUUCCCUGACACACUGGAAACUCCACCCCCUUCGCUGCACUCUGGUGGGGAGGCUGGUCCUGACGCCCAGCUGCCACUUUGGGAUCCCCGCUGGCCCCCUGUUCCUGACACGUCCCCCUGGGGCUCCUGGCCUUGACCACUGGCGCCCCUUCUGGGAAUCCUCUGAUUCGCUGGAAAGACUCAUGGAAUCUCUUGAGUCAUUGUCAUCCUCUUCCUCGCUGUCCUGGGAUUCACCCCCAUCGCUCUCCAUCUCCUCCCUACCCUGUGCCUCUGUCCCUGAACCCCUGACACUAUGCCCCACAAAUAACCCAGAGAUGCAUUUUAAAUAAAAACACACAUUCUACUCGUGUAAAAACACCAGGCAAGCUCCACAAAUAACCCAGAGAUGCGUUUUAAAUAAAAGGGCACAUGUAAAAACACACUGAUUCCUGGACUGUCCACGGGCUGGAUUGAGAAGGCGAAUGGGCCGGAUCCGGCCCACGGGCCUUAGUUUGCCUACCCCUGGACUAGAACUAUAAACAUUGCUAUCCAAGUUCUAUAUUUCCUACAAUAAAAAACUUCAGUUAUUUUCUUACCUGCAAGCAUUUCCGGGGUUGCGUGAUUUCAACGGAUGAAGGGCCUUGUCUAAGCAAGCAUCGUCGGCUUUAACGCUGCUCACUUUGCAUCCCACAAGGCUUUCUGCCGUUAACUGGACCCUGUUAUCCCCGAAGGAGGGCUGGGUGCUGGGGACCCAGUUAUGUUUGGGUUUCGGAAGCAGCCCAGGGGUUGGCUGAGGGCCGUCACCCGCAGAGCAGACGGCCUCAUCCUGCGUCUCCUUCCUCCAGCCAAGACCAGCGUGACGUCCCGCUAUGAGGUUUCCUACCGCCGAGCCACUUCUCAGGAGGAGAAGACUCUGUCCCGGGCCUCGGUGCCAGGUAAAGGCUCCGAUCUGUGUGAUGGAAAUGGGUGGACCACAGGUUCCCCAAGUGGGCGGUGGCGUCUCCUGGGGGGCAGGUGGGAUUGCCUGGGGGGCGCUUAGAGGCAAGGGGGCAGCAGGGGGGUGCGGGAAGUGUCAAUGACUGUCAGAUUCUGAAGAGCCAGUAUCGCUGGAGCAACUUCAUCAAUUGUAUUGAGUUGAUUAAGCUAAAUGGCUUUUGACUAAACGUGCAAUUCUUUGCUCCCAUUUUGAACUUUACUGUGCUGUUCUUCCUUAGUGGACUGUGCAAACUGCUAUUCUGAAUAAUGAUAUUUUCAUAGAGUUUGGUGGUAGGCUGUGGGGAGGAGUUUAUGGGACGCAGGAAAAAGUUCAAGAAUCCCUGGGAAGAACAUGCAAGAAGAUUUCAGCUAGGAUAAUAAUAAUAAUAAUAAUAAUAAUAAUAAUAAUAAUAAUUUAUUAUUUAUACCCCGCCCAUCUGGCUGGGUUUCCCUAGCCACUCUGGGCGGCUUCCAACAGAACACUAAAAUACAAUAACCUAUUAAACAUUAAAAGCUUCCCUAAACAGGGCUGCCUUCAGAUGUCUUCUAAAAGUCUGGUAUUUAUUUUUCUCUUUGACAUCUGGUGGGAGGGCGUUCCACAGGGCGGGUGCCACCACUGAGAAGGCCCUCUGCCUGGUUCCCUGUAACUUGGCUUCUCUCAGCGAGGGAACAGCCAGAAGGCCCUCGGAGCUGGACCUCAGUGUCCGGGCAGAACGAUGGGCGUGGAGACGCUCCUUCAGGUAUACUGGGCCUCAACAUAAGAGCAGGAUGCUGCAGCACGGCUGCUGACAGGGAGUAUCACACCUGGAUUCAGAAAUCUGCACCUGUUGCUGAUCUGCUACUGGGCCAUCUUCAAGAUGUUACUAUUAGGACAUAAAGCCUUUAACAACUUGGACAAGUUCACUCGACCUGCGGCGCUCAUUCGACACUCCUUCAGGAUCAGGGUGUGAUCCUCUCCGUGAGGGAUGUGGGCAGAGGAUUUUGGGGUGACUGCCGCGGGCACCGUCACCUCCUCUGGCCACUUCUCAGAGCCCCACCCCCAUGAGACCCAAAGGGAGAAGGGGCCUGCACUGACGUGUGACAGAGGAGUUUCUUUAGCGAGACCAUAGAGAAGGUGCCUGCCUGAUACGCAGUGGAAGGGAGUUCCAAAGGGGAAGGGGAGGUCCUGGUGAGUAGGUGGGCUUUUGGGGAGGGGCUUUCCCUCUGCAUAGCAGGAUGGGGGAGCCCCACAGCCUCACCUCCUCUUCUCGUUCCAGAGGCGGGCGAGGGGCUCCUUCCAGCGCAGGAGGCUGCUGUGGGCUCCCUCACCAUCUACGUGAUCCCAAGAAGCUCUGUGCUCCUGCCACAGGUAGACUGACCCUCUCCUGCCCUCUCUGCUACUCCCCACCCUCUGGCGGGUGGGAAAGUCCUCUUUAUGGAAAGGGGGCAUUUAAAUUAUGCAGCAAAUAAUAAUAAUAAAUCUUAUUUAUAUCCCGCCCUCCCCGGCCAAAGCCGGGCUCAGAGCGGCUAACACCAUUUUGGGUUGGCUCUCCAUGCUUUAUAUGUUGUUCUGGCAAAAUUGUGUGAUUUGUCCCGCCUCGCAGGGCAGAACUAAGUCACUAUAGUUCGCUCACUGCCGUCUUUCUCCCUCUGCAGGAGGUCCCCGUCUACAUCAGCAAGCGGCGCAGCGCAGUGGUGCGGGCGCCUCGGGGCUCGGGAGACGUCCUGGCAGCUGUGGACGCCCAGGUCCGAGAAGUCGCCCGUGCCAUGUCCUUCAGCCUGGAAUCCAUCGCAGAGGCCCUCUCUGACCGCGUUCCCCUCGGCCAGCCGGGCGCAGAGUGGAAGCGCCCUUUCAAAUCCAGUCUGGGUAGGGACUGGCGGGCAGAGAACCUUCCCUUUUCCCAGCUGGAGAGUCUUGUCAGAAUCUCCGUAUGACCGAGCUCCUCCUCCGGUCGAGUCUUCAGAUCUCCUCCGACGGUGAUUAACGGCCUAAGCCUUUGAUGAGGCUCCAGGCCUGUUCCCAUUACGCAGAGUAUACAAGUAGCAGCAGAAGGAAAAGAAAUACGAGCUACAUUGCUAAGAGUUUUAUUUCUAACUACGCAGACAGAAAAGAAAUAUACAUCCUCUCUCUGUGAAAGCAGAGAGGCAACUGGUACAAAGAAACAGGAAACCAGUAAUAUCAACAUCCGUCUCCCAUCUCCCGUGAGACUUCCAGCAGUCUGGAAUGUAAACAGAGUCUUGUGACUUCAAGCACUGCACAGUGGCACAACAGAAACCCAACAAAUCUCCCUUACGUGCUGGGGUUGCACCUGUGGGAUUUCUGCCUGCCAGGAAGACCUCUCCCCCUUCUUUUGCCUCUGAGCCAAGCACACUGGCCUGUUGAGAGGAUCCUGCCCCAUCUGUGCCCACUCAACCCGCUUCAGUCGGCGGAACUGGCAUUCUUUCAGCUGUUCUGCAUUUGCAAGAAUUUGAUGUGUUAGUGUGGCAGCAACUGCACUUUGGAACUCCCUGCCUCUUGAGAUCAAGGAGGCGGCUUUGCUGCACUCUUUUCAGCACCUGCCGAAAACAUUCUUCUUUGGGCAAGAAUGUUUAGAAAACCGAUUCAAGUCUUCGUCUGUUUUUAGUCCAUUGCUAUUUUCGAAAGUCUUAAAUUAUUGCCAUUUUUUCAUAUAUUUUUUCCAUAAAAUUUUGUUUAUUUUGGUUUGUAAUGUAUAUGAAUUAGAGAGAACAGUCAGGACAACAGCUGAAAAUUGAAAGAUGAAAAACAGUGCUGUAAAUUAACACACAGAAUGAGCACAGUUGCAGGUGCCAGUGAAGAAUAUCGCAUUGAUCUGGUUUAUGAAAUCUGUUUCCAGAUUUGCUAAGUUUGGGCUGAGGUUGCCUUGGAAAAGAUGGUUCUGCUGUGUAUUUACUUGAUUUAUUUCAUUAAACACCACUUGAUUGUAGAAGAAACCUCAAAGCAGUUUACAAAAAAAGAGAAAACCAUAAAAUCAUCACAAUUAAAGAGUACAAAAAGUUGAAGCAACAGUGGAUUGAAACAAAUUAAAAUUCACCUUAACUUUCUAAGCACCUGGACUGGCUUGUCUAAACAGGAAAGCUUUUAGCAGGUACUGAAAUGUUGAUGGCGAAGGCGCCUAGUUAAUAUCAAUUGGCAGGGAGUUCCGAAGUCCAGAUGUUGCCACGCUAAACAACUGAGUCCUUACGAAAGUGAAUGGGGUUUUAUGUGGCACCCGUAUGUUUUAAUUUGUUGGGAGACAUCCAGAGUGGCUGUGGCAACACAUUGCGAUGGGUGGUACUCAGAGACAUAUUGCGGUAAGAGUACCAAUUCUUCGGAUUAAAGAGGUUGGGUGGGCACAUAACAAAGGAAGACCAAAUCAUGUUAAAAGGGCCUGGAAGUUCUAGUUCCUGCUGAAGUCUCCAGCGUUGCCUAAUUUUCCGCACUGUGACUCCAUUCGGAGUGAGUGUCCAGUGUCAGAUUUCGGACAGUUUUCCAUUCAGCCGCAAUGGCUAUUCGAACUGCCAGGAUUAAUUCUUUUGAUUGUCAGAAACAUUCAGCGAUGUUAAUUUUGGGCAGCAAACCAUCGUUUCUUUAGUAGCAUUUAUUCUUGGUCAGUUCUCCCAGUGGUUAGUUUUAUCACUUCCUUGUUUUUGUAAAGCCCCUUGUGGGUUCUUUUUAAACAAUCAAGAGGUAUAUAAAUUUUACGAAACAAGUGGCCCCAUCCGUAGAGUGUGAGGCUCUUAAUAUUGGGGUUGUGGGUUCGAGUCCCACACUGAGCAAAAGAUUCUUGAAUUGCAGGGGGGUUGGACUAGAUGGCCCUUGCGGUCCCUUCCAGCUGAUUCUAUCAGUAAGUCAAUAUAUUCCCCCUCCGCUCUGUUGCAGGAUACGAGGUCACCUUCAGCCUGCUGAACCCCGACCCGAGAGCUCACAGCGUCCACUGGGAGAUUGAGGGGGCCAUUCACCGCUACGUGGACCCCCUCCUGGGGAAGCUGAGUACACUGGCCGAGUUCUCCGUGGACUCUCAGGUGAGUGCCAGGUACAAGUUGCCCGGGAGUCAUGCAGUGCCCCUGCCCUGCGAGGGGGGCUUACGGCCACAUCUUUCCCCCUAAUUCUGCAGAUCCUCUACUACGCCGCCCUGGGGGUCACGCCCCGCUUUGACGCUGCUUCCUCCAGCUACAUCCUGAGCGCCCACAGCCUCCCGCACGUCAUUAACCCUGUGGAAGCCAGGCUGGGUGAGUCCCUCUUUCUCCCAACCAGGGAGGGGGUGGCUGGUUAUUAUUAUUUUUUCCCCAAAAAUUUUAUUGGUUUUCACAACAUUAUAAACAAACAAACGAACACAUAAGACAGACAUAAACCAUAGCCUUAUUGAAAAUUACUCUUAUUAGCAUUGUUAAGUGAAUUCCUCGCAUCCCCUUGGUUGAAUUUCAUUGCAUAUCCUCUUAACGGUUUUCCAAAUUGCAGUCCUUAUAAAAUUUAACUUAAACAUUAACAUCCUUGGAUCUUCGCAUUAUGAAAUUAAACAUAUUAAUUCAUCACUUAACAUAAAUAAAAUCCUAAGCCAAUUAAGUAUCUGCAAGCUGUUUUCAGUUAAUUUAACUUGACAUAUUUAACUAAAUAGUCAUUAAAUUUAAUCCACUCUUCCUGAUACGUCUCCUCCUCCUUCUGGUCGCGGACUCUUCCGGUUAGGUCGGCUAGCUCCGAAAAAUCCAUCAGGGGGUGGCUGGUUAUUGGUUCUUCCCAAGAGAUCUCAGAAGCCCUUGCUGCCCUCAACAGGCCAGGCCAAGCGAACCAGUGUCCAGAUUUGGCCCCUUCAUUAUUACGCAUUUGCCUUUGUAUCCCACCUCUUUUCUCAAAGGAGCUGAGGGUGGCGCAACACGGUUCUCUCCUUGUUUAAUUCCCCCACAACAACCCUGCGAGGUGAGUUAGGCUGAGACAGGCAGUGAAUGACCCCCAAUGCCAUCCAGGGGGAUUCAUUUCAUUUUCUGCCUUCAUCUGAGGAUCACAGGACAGUUUACAUUAUAAGAACGCAAAAAUACAUACCACAAUAUCAAAGAAAACCAUAGCAAACGCACAUAGUUUAAAAGGCCAUCGAUCUCAGAGCCCACACCCGGAAUAUCUUCCAACAACACCGUAAGGAAGAGGCCACCGUCCUACCCCCAGAAUAUUUCAGGUCUUAGAACUCACUGCGGCACCUAUUUUAAAAAAAGAGAUCUGAACAUACCAACAAACAAUGGAACAACUCCACUAUGCCAAGCAAUGAGAUUCUAGUCCUUAGUUUCUGGGGCAUUUAACACCAAUGACUUCUCCUCGCCACUUAUUUCGCCUAGUGGUUGAUACCACUACUUUUCAUUCCCCCCCAAAAGAUCUUUAUUGAAACUUAACAUAUAUACAUAAUAACCAAAAUUCCCAAUGAUUCCCUCACAUAAAAUAUAAUAUCUAAAUUACAACAGCUACUUAAUUAUACACUUAAUUAUAAAACCCACCCCCUACUUCCCUCCACAGCAACUCAACUCAAUUUCUUUCUACCUUUCCCCCUUGCAUUCUAUAAUAAAUUAUUUUUGUUACAUUCUGAUUUUUCCUUCUUUCUGUAUUGGUUUUGUUAUUGCUUACAUUUUGUUAUUCUAAGCCUAUUAGCGCGUCAUUUUUAGAACAACAUUUUGACAUGUAAUCUUCAAAACACUUCCACUCCAUUCUUAUCUUUUUAUUUGAUUGAUAACUGAAGUGAGUUUUGCCAAUUCUAUAUACUCACUUAAUUUACAAAUCCACUCUUCCUUUGUCGGUGUGUCCUGAGAUUUCCAUUUACCACUACUUUUCAAAUGAUCUCUUGCCAUCAUUCUGUGCAAAUCGAUGCCCCCGAGUGGCUCCCGGUUUCAUCAGAUGAAAUAAAAAUGUUAAUUCCUGUUCAGGGAAGUUUUUAAUGUGUGACAAUUUAGUGUAUUUUUGGUCUCUGUGGAAGCCACCCAGAGUGGCUGGGGAACAAAUAAAUUAUUAUUAUUAUUAUUAUUAUUAUUAUUAUUAUUAGGCAAGGGAAAGCUGCUGGCUCAGAUGGGAUAGGCUCUUUAAACUAGACCCUGACUGGCCAACCUAUUCACAAGGGUAUAUACGACUGGACUUAUACCAUAGGCAUGGGCAAGCGCAAUCAUUGUUCCCAUAUUGGCUCUCCAUAGUGGGACUCCAGUUCCCCAACUAGCGCAGGACGAUGGGUGUUGUAGUCCAAAACAUCCUUCUCUCUCUCUCCUUUCCCGCAGGUUCCAGCGCCUCCUCGCUCUACCCGGUCCUCAAUUUCCUGCUCUACGUGCCGGAGCGCCUGCACUCGCCCCUCUAUAUCCAGGACAAGGAUGGCGCUUCCGUCCCCACCAACGCUUUCCACAGCCCCCGCUGGGGCGGCAUCAUGGUGAGGAAGCAGGCAGGGCUGCCACAAGCUCUGCAGGGGCGUCGCGAAGUCAUUUCUUACUUGAGAGCAAUGUGCAAUCGAGCCUUUAGUGUCGUUGGCCCCGUGGAACUCUCUGCCACUGGAGACUCGGCAGGCGCCUUCUGUUUUUUGUUUUUUACUUUUAAGGCACCUGCUGAAAACUUUGUUUUCUUUUUUGGAAAACCAGUUUUUUAAAUGUCGUUUUAUAGUGUAUGUAAAACAGACAGGACAGUUAUAAAAAGAGAGGAAAAUGAUAAAAUGGAAGGCAAAACUGUAAAACAGGCACACAGAAUGAGCACAGUUGCACGUGGGUGAAAAUAACGAAGCCCGAGGCAGGGAAGAAAAAAGCGAGGAUAAAUUUGGCCAUCCCAUAAAGAAUAUCAGCGUUAUCUGAUUGUCAAGUCUACUUCCUGGUUUGCCAGGCUUGCAGGAAGCGUUGUCUUGAACAUGAUGCUUCUGUUGUAUAUAUUUCACAAAGGAGUACUAAACGGUAUAAAAUGCACCUGGAGGUUCUAGUCCUCAUUAACAUCUCAAAUUAUGCCCCAUUUUCUCCAUCCUAGUACUGUUCCAGAGGGGACCAAGCGGCCAGUCUCCUAUUUUGGCCUGUUUUCCAUUGAGCUGCAGUUGCUCUUAGCUGCCAAGAUCAUAUAUAAGACCAAUUCUUUUGAAAAUAUAUCUACAUAGGUAUAAUCAAAAAUACCCAGCAAUGUUGAUUUUGGAAAACAAACCAGUUUCUUUGGUAAUAUUGAUCAUUUCCAUCAAAAUACUAUAGAAAACUCUUUCUAUUCCACCAGGUUUGUACAGGCCUUCCAUUGUGAUUGAUGUCUGCCUUUUAACAUUUUUUGUAUGCUUUUAUGUGUAUUUUUGUCAUAAACCACUUGGAGAUUUUUCUUUAACGCAAUGGCGGCCCUUUUGUACGUGAAUAAAUGAAUGGCUCCCUCGUUUCCAGGUGUACAACGUGGAGCGCGAGACGGCCAACGAGACCUCCCUCCCGAGGAGGGUGAAUGUCGACAUGACGCGGGUGAUGGAGGUGUUUCUGGCGCAGCUGCGGUGCGUUUUUACGGAUCCUAGAAUCAUAGAGUUGGCAGGGAUCCCCAAAGGUCAUCUAGCCCAACCCCCUGAGAGCACCUGCUCCACAUGCAGAAGGUCCCAGGUUCCUCUUUGUUCAGCACCAUGAGGACUAGGAACUUGCUUUUAUUUUCAGGGGAAGGGCUGUAGCUCAGUGGCAGAGCAUUGCUUUGCAUGCAGAAGGCCCGGGGGCAUAGGGCAGGGCUGGGAUAGACUCUCGUUCUGAAACCCUGGAGAGUCACUGCUGCCAGUCAGUGUAGGCAAUACUAAGCUAGAUGGACCACCGGCCUGAUGUCCCUAUUUAAAUGAGCUGUUUUUUUUGAAAACCAUGAGGACUGGAAGCUUGCUUUUAUCAUCUGCUUUGCAUGCAGGUCUCGGGUUCAGUCCCCAGCAGAACCUCCACACAGGGCAGGGAGAGGCCCCUUGGCUGAAACCCUGGAUAGCUAUUGCUGCCAGUCAGUGCAGGCAAUGCUAAGCUAGAUGGGCUGGUGUGGCGACUUGCUAUACACACACACACACACUUACUUAUUAGUUUUUAGCAUACCAUUUUCAACAAUAAUUAAACAUACUUUUACAUCUUAUUCAGUUUUUUUUUACUUCCAUCAGCCCUGUCUGAAAAUUUUCCAAUCUAAUCUCUUAGUAUGCAUUUCUUACUUUCCCUAUUACAUUUAAAACUCAUGACCAAAAUUUCUCUCUUUUUCUACUUUGUAACACUUUUUAUGUUUCUCCUUACAAAACUUCUUGUAGUCCUACCAGCGUAAUUUGUUGGUUACAGUUGCUCUUCAAAUAAUUCAUAUACUUCUUCCAGUCUUCUGUAAAUCUCUGGUCCCGCAGGUUUCGAAUCCUUCCUGUCAUUUGGUCCAAUUCUGCAUAGUCCAUUAAUUUCGUCUGCCAUUCUUCUUUCGUAGGAAUUUCUGGUGUGGUGGCUUGCUAUUACGACAGCUACCCACAUCCCUGUAGUUCAAUGUUUUCAUGGGAUUGUUUGUUGUAUAUUUUGUAUAUUUUGAUUACAGGGGCUUGUAUUCUAGUGCUUGUGUGUUGCUGAUUUCUGUAUUUUGUAAUCUGUGUGGUUUUGGCAUUAAGCAGUCUAUAAAUCUGUUGCCCUAAGCGGUGCAUAAAACUGUUGUUGCAGAAGCAACAGAUAAACCUGCUGGUGUCUAAAUCGGCUCGCUGGCCCUCUUCCUCUCUGCAGCUUGCUGUUUGGGAUCCUGCCGGGUCCCCUGCCAGAGGGGGCCAUCCUCGAAAGCCCCGGGAACGAGGGUCUCUCCGACUGGGAGCUGGACCGCCUGCUGUGGGCUCGGACGGUGGAGAAUGUGGCCACCGUCUCCACCACCCUGACCUCCUUGGCUCAGCUGCUGGGCAAGAUCAGCAACAUCGUCAUCAAGGACGACGUGGCUUCUCAGGUAAACUCGCAGGCGGGUCUUUGGGGGCAGCACUGCUCCAGUUUGCCUCCCUCUUUGGGGCCCCGUGCUGAGCCCGUUGCUGCGGCCACAAUUGCCAAGCCUCGUGGUGCCUUGAAAGGGGGUUGGUCUAGAUGACCCCUGGGGGGUCCCUUGUCAACUCUAUGAUUCUAAGCAGGGGCACUCCCACUCAGCGACAGCCCUUCCCCUAAAGAUAAAAGAUUCAAAUGAAGGACAAAGGUUCCGAAUUCAGGGCUGAUUUAAAUAGAAACUUUUUCUGUUGAGAGAUAGCAAAGUGGGUGAAAAUAUAAGCAAACCAGAAACGCACGUUGGGGGAAGUCUUGGAGGGGAGGGAGAGAGGGAGGAAUAUAUAGUAAAUGUUAAGAAUUUCAGAUGUAUGUAAUGAACGAAAAUGAAAAAUGAAUAUUUUAAAAAAAAAAUAAAAUAAAUAGAAGUGAGGAAGCUGCUCUGUGCCAACCUUCUGCAUGCAAAGCAGCUGUCCUGCCACCAAACUACGUCCUGGCCCAGCAAACCCGGCCUGAUCCCUGCGCCCUUUUUUUAACCCUAGGUGUACCACGCUGUGGCAUUCGCCCAGGAGGCGCUGGCUGAGCUCAGCCAGGGACGUCUGGACCCUGCCUUCCAGGCCAGCAAGGCCGCCAUCAACGCCUCGGAGAGGGCCUUUUUCGACCCAUCCCUCCUCCACCUCCUCUACUUCCCUGACGACCAGAAGUUUGCCAUCUACAUCCCCCUCUUCCUGCCCAUGGCCGUCCCCAUUCUGCUGUCGCUGGUGAAGAUCGGCCGGGAGAUGAGGCAGAGCAAGAAAGCGGCCAUCAAGGUGGACUGAGGCACACGCCCUGCGUGGAGAAGUUGGCACCCGGGGUGUGCGUGAUGGAGGGCAGUGCGGGGCGAGAGAGGGGUCUGGAUGCAACCCUCUCCCUCUUCCUGGGAUGGGGCCCCGUCCUCCUCUUGAUCUGAGUUUCACGCUCUCUGUGUUGGAGAGUUUGCCGCUAGAUUCCAAGGGUGCUGCUGAGACUGUGAUGGGCCCAUCCAAAGAAGAACGCUGCGGCGUUUGGGAUAUUAUUAUUAUUGCCAUUGGAUACAACUUCCGUUGUUUUAUAUAGAAGGCACAGUUGCAUCCCGUUGCUACAAACACUCUCAGCGAAAACCAACCGAAAAGCCGAAAUUCAUAAUCGUGUCCUCCCCAGUAGCCAGCUACCCCAUCCAGACUCUCUUAAUCCUACAAUAUUGUCUUCACUCUUUGCUAAGUCCACAUACACACAAAAAAACCAGGCACCCACAACAUAAAUAAGUAUAAAUUUGUACUUUUGGAUAUAAGGAGUUUAAACGUGCCGAAAAUGUCUUAGGCAGAGGGCAAAUGAAGAAACGAGAAGUUUUGAGAAAACCACAAGCCAACGGCAAAUAAAUGAUGUGUAAUGAAA